CCCAGUUAAAUAAAAGCCCAUAAACACUCCUCGGCUGGGGAAAAGGAAAACGUAAAAAUUCAAAAAGGAAUUCGCAAAACCCCUGUCGUAUGUUCCUCCUCACCUGAGAAAUUCAACCACAAUUGCCGCCCCCGCCGGCGGCAGCACCGCCACUGUCGACGCCACUAUCUUUCACUCUUACUCCAAGCUCAACUCCUCCACUGCAAACAACCACCACACCAACAAUCAUAAUAAUAAUAAUCACGGCGGUCAUCAUUCUCGCCGCAGCAGCGCCACCAAUUUCACCACUCCUGACAUUGUUUUCCCUUCCUGGAAGCCAUCCGAACGCGUUCUUCGUUUUACAACCGACCAGAUAGAGGAGGUUCGCUUAAGGCUUAAUGUCGAAGUCAUAGUAGGUCCUGAUUCACCUCCUGCACCAGCGCCUAUUGAGUCGUUUACAGACAUGGGUUUGCAUUCAAGCAUUAUGAAGGAUAUAACGUUUCAUGGAUAUACGAUGCCAACUUCAAUCCAGGCGCAAGCCAUGCCGGUUGCCCUCAGUGGGAGGGACCUUUUAGGUUGUGCUGAAACUGGUAGUGGAAAAACUGCUGCCUUCGCCAUUCCUAUGAUACAUCCACCUGUUAGACGAGGCGAUGGACCGCUUGCAUUGGUGUUGGCUCCUACGAGAGAGCUUGCCCAGCAGAUAGAGAAGGAGGUGAAGGCUUUCGGUAAAUCAUUGGAAUCUCUUGGAACUGCUAUUGUGGUUGGUGGGACUAAUAUUUCUGAUCAGAAGUCUGAACUGCGAAUGGGAGUGGAUAUUGUGGUUGCAACUCCUGGAAGAUUUAUUGAUCAUUUGCAACAGAAAAAUACAUCACUCUCUAGGAUCUCUUUUGUCGUUCUUGAUGAGGCUGAUAGGAUGCUUGAUAUGGGAUUUGAACCACAGAUAAGAGAGGUGAUGCAGAAUCUUCCUGAAAAACAUCAAACAUUGUUGUUUAGUGCAACCAUGCCUGUAGAGAUUGAAAUACUAGCGCAGGAGUAUUUGAGGGAUCCAGUGCAAGUAAAGGUAGGGAAAGUUAGUAGCCCAACGGCAAAUGUUAUGCAAGUUUUGGAGAAGGUGCCUGAAAAUGAAAAGAUAGAUCGGCUUCUUGGGAUGCUUGUUGAGGAAGCUGCAAGGGCUGAAAAUUUUGGCCACCCAUUCCCUUUAACAAUUGUUUUUGUGGAACGGAAGGUGGAACUGGUUCAACCUACUUUGCUCUAUGUCAUUUCUCUCUUUUUUCCGUAUUAAAGUAAAGUAAAUACCAAUGUGGAAUACAUGACUUUCUCUUAGGAGUUAAACUGGGUCAUCUUGUCAGUGAUCUACUCUCAGAGUGCCUGAUUCGCAUAAAACAUUAAUUGCUUUGGCUGUGAUGUUUGCUUAGGAAAUGUGUAAAGUCAUCAUCAUGGAAAAAAAUUAUUUAGAUCGGAAAUAGUGAAUCAUUUGGAUGUCAAAAACUUGGUUACACUAUCUUACGAUAUUUAUUAUUAUGGCUGUUUAUGUACC